AUGUCUUCUUCGCAGCACUUGCCACUUGAUUCCCUUUCCUAUGAGCUGCCACAACACCAGCCAUUGUACUCUUUGCUGUGGCGGCCCAUUGCCGGUCUAAUCGCUUUAUCCAUCAUCUACCAUGCCUACAUCGUCCUCUACCGCCUCACCCUCCACCCCCUCUCCAAGGUCCCCGGCCCGAAGCUGCACGCCGCCUCGUGGUUCCCCUUCCUGUGGCAGACCAACGUCGCCGCCUCCGCUCCCCGGACCAUUGAGGCCAUGCACCGCAAGUACGGACCCGUCGUGCGCGUCGGCCCGGACCAGGUCGCCCUCGACGGCUCCCUUGGCUGGUCCGCCGUCUUCGCCCACUCCACCGGCUCCCGGCCCGAGUUCGGCAAGCCCUUCGAGCAGUACUUCCCCGGCGACACCACCAGCCUGAUCGGCGCGCCGCGCGAACGCCACCGUCGCAUCCGCCGCCAGCUGGCCCACGCCUUCAGCGCCGGCGCCCUCGCCGAGCAGGAGGCCACCGUCACGCAGUACGUCGACCUUCUCCUCGACCGCCUGCGCACGCUCGAGGGCGAGGAGUUUGACAUCAUCCCGUGGCUCAACUUUACCACCUUUGACAUCAUCGGGGACCUGGCCUUCAGCGACUCCUUCGGCAGCCUGGCCGGUAGCGCGUACCACCCGUGGGUGCUGUCCAUCUUCCAAGGGAUCCGCGGCAACGCGCUCCGGCGCUUCCUGCGGCACUACCCGUCCCUGGGCUUCGUCGCGGCGCGUCUCGGCCUGACGGGGGACUUCAAGGUGGCGGAGCACAACCGGCACACGGCGCGGGACAAGUCGGCGGCGCGGAUGCGGCUGGGCGUGGAAGGGCCGGCGGGCAGAAGCGACUUCAUGACGUACAUGCUGCGCAAGACGAGGGCGGGCGAGGCGGCGAUGGACGAGGAGGAGAUCCUGUCGACGUCGCCGAUCCUGGUCAUCGCGGGCAGCGAGACGACGGCCACGGCGCUGGCUGGCUUCUUCUUCUUCCUGGCGCAGAACCCGGAGAAGAAGGACUUGAUCGUCGCAGAGAUCCUGGAGGCGUACCCGGACGAGGCAGAUAUUGACAUGCGCAGCACCGCCAGGCUGGAGUACCUCCACGCUGCGCUGGAAGAGACGCUGCGUCUCUACCCACCUGUUACUGUGACGCCGCCGCGAGUGUCCCCCGGCGCCGAGGUUGGCGGAUACUACAUUCCGAAGGAUACCCUGAUUUCGGUACAUCAGUGGGCCACGUUCCGCAACCCGGAAAACUUCCACCUGCCGGAGCAGUUCCUGCCAGAACGGUGGCUGCCGGUAUCGCACCCGCGGUACGAGGCGCGCUUCGCCGACGACAACAGGGCCGUCUUCAAGCCCUUCAGCCACGGCCCGCGCGACUGCAUCGGCAAGAACCUGGCCUACGCGGAGAUGCGCCUGCUCGCCGCGCGGAUGCUGCGCAGGUUCGAGGUUACGAUCGAGGGCCAGGCCGACUGGCAGUCGAAGCAGCGCAUGUUUGGGCUGUGGGAGAAGAUUCCCUUGAAUGUCCGGGUCAAGUCGCGGGCAAGCGCGAGGCUAAAUCCUGGUACAGUCAGCCGGCUGCUCACCAGCGUCAACGCCAGUUUGCGGCUGCAGAGUGCCUCUUCCUCGACUGCACGACGAUCGAUCGAUGCUUACCGAUUCCGUUCACAUUACUACUUUUCGCUACCUUUGAAAACAAGUAAAAAUAAUGUCUUCCUCGACCCCGAGAUACCACGUCUGCGCCACAUGCGGGCGGCAGUACCAGCGAAGCUCCCACCUGCGAAGACACGAAGCUACACCGAUGUCUGCAAGAAGCACUGCUUAGCAUGCCCAAGGAAGGACGCCGUGGACGCUGCAGCUACGGCGAACCUGAACCAUGAUUCAGCAACUGAUAAAGCGGUACCCGGUUCGAUCGCAGGGAGUUCGCCAUCUACACGCGUGUCCGACGCGGAACGCGACGCCGUCAUACACCAGGGGAUGCCGUUUCUGCGGCAAAUCUGCAAUCCUCACGCCGUCACCAUGCAGCACUACCUCAACGUCGCCAACAACGACGGCUCGUUCAACGAAAGCGUCCCCGACUCCGCUGAAGCCCCGGACGCGCGCCCCGGCCCGUCGCCGCAGGACAUCAGCGACGUCCUCGCACUGCUACCCCCGUACCACACCGCCAUCCUCGACCAGGCCAUUAGCGCCCUCGUACCGCACGAGGAUUUUACCGCGUUGUCCCUAUCUGCCUCGUCUCCGAUCCCCGCGUUGACGGAUGCGGGCUACGAGGUCCUGGCCGCCAAGGCAGUCUCGAUCGUAGCUGGCCUGCGGACGCUACACGACCAGCUGCUGAUCGGCGACACGACGUUCAGCGGACCCCAUGACAUUGACGAAGUCGCCGAGGUCUUCUGCGCGGACAAGAUCAGGUUCUUCGCAGCUGCCUUCUUUCGCCUGACGCACGUGCACUUUCCGCUGGUGCACUGCGCGACCUUUGGCGUGCCGGACACCUCGGCCUUUCUGAUCCUCGCCGUCGUGGUAUUCGGUGCCUCGCGCUGUGCUGCCUCCCAACACACCAUCCAAGCCAAAUCGCUCACAGGUCUCGCCGAAGAGUACAUCUUCCGCGAGGUCGAGUCGUUCAACGACGGCGCGGCGCACCAACUCACCCUGUCGCAGCUUCAGACCAUCCAGGCCGCAGUCGCCAUGACCAACCUGAUGAUGAACCACAACGACUGGUCACUCCGCGAACGGGCGCGCUUGAAGAGGCUGCCGACGCUAAUAUUCUCGAUUCGCCGGUUCCAGCUGACCACGGCGAUCAGCAAGCCGACCUUGGACUGGCACCAAUUUAUUCUUGGCGAGACCGCUGCUCGCAUCGCCACCUUGACAGCGGUGAUCGAUUGGAACCAGGCGCGCAUGUUCUACUGCCCGCCGGGCUUGUCAGUCGCCGAGAUGAGGUGCAGCCUUCCCUGUCAUCGCGAGAUCUGGGAAGCCCCGAACGCUGCCGCGUGGAUGGUCGCCAAUGAAGCCGUCGAUCAGGCCCGCCGCGCAUCGGCCGCGACGCCAUAUACGUCCAUCUCAGUGCUCAUCGCUGCGCUCGUGGCUGAUCGCUGGUCCGUCGACGCGCAGACGAGUCAUCUGAACCUGACCCUGGAGUCUCUCAGUGCACACAAUGGUUCUGAUGAAGCCGGCACAGCUAUGACGGCGUUGACCGUGUCUGCAUGCCAGAUGCUUGUCCUGCAAGGGGCACACUCCUCUAUUCUGCGCGCGAUUUCAAGAUGGAGGGAGCUUUGGGAUCACGUCACGCGCGACAUGGAUCCUGACGUUCUGCUCAAGGCAGGGCUGACGAGGCACUGUCACGAGAACUGCACGCUCGCCUGGCACAUUGCCGAAGCAUGGCUUGCUGACCCUACGCAUGCCUACUUCCAGACUAUCGGUCACCGCUCUCUCAUUCCGAUAUCUACCUUUAUCGAAUCGUGUGAAUACCAGAGAAAUCGAUGA